AUGGGGGAUAUCUACAUCAAAGCAUGGGGGAUAUCUACAUCAAAGCAUGUAGGAAUAUUUACAUCAAAGCAUGGGGGAUAUCUACAUCAAAGCAUGGGGAUAUCUACAUCAAAGCAUGGGGGAAUAUUUACAUCAAAGCAUGGGGGAUAUCUACAUCAAAGCAUGGGGGAUAUCUACAUCAAAGCAUGGGGGAUAUCUACAUCAAAGCAUGUAGGAAUAUUUACAUCAAAGCAUAGGGGAUAUCUACAUCAAAGCAUGGGGAUAUCUACAUUAAAGCAUGGAGGAAUAUUUACAUCAAAGCAUGGGGGAUAUCUACAUCAAAGCAUGGGGGAUAUCUACAUUAAAGCAUGGAGGAUAUCUACAUCAAAGCAUGGGGAAUAUCUACAUCAAAGCAUGGAGGAUAUCUACAUCAAAGCAUGGGGGAAUAUUUACAUCAAAGCAUGGGGGAAUAUUUACAUCAAAGCAUGGGGGAAUAUUUACAUCAAAGCAUGGGGGGAUAUCUACAUCAAAGCAUGGGGGAAUAUUUACAUCAAAGCAUUGGGGAUAUCUACAUCAAAGCAUGAAGGAUAUCUACAUCAAAGCAUGGGGGAUAUCUACAUCAAAGCAUGGGGAAUAUCUACAUCAAAGCAUGGAGAAUAUCUACAUCAAAGCAUGGGGGAUAUCUACAUCAAAGCAUCAGGGAUAUCUACAUCAAAGCAUCAGGGAUAUCAACAUUAA